GGAUGUGCAAGGAAGCCCUACGCCGCUGAAUACACUGGCACGGACGGACAGCAAGAGCUUUAAACUGAUCAGAAAUCUCUCACUUUUCAUUUUGCUCGCUUCCGGUUAACCGACUGAACAGAUUCAGACAGCAAACAGGUUCUCGAAAAAUGGUUCUCGGAAAAGCUUCGUUCACAGCUAUCGCGGCUUCGGCCAUGCUCGCCUCUACCGUUAAGGGUCACGGCUACAUGUCGGUGCCCAAGGUGGAGUUCACUUUCAACGGUGACACCACGCAAUACAUGGCUACCAUCGAGGCUAGCAGCUCAGGUUUCAGCGGCAACUUCGGCCAAUCCCCGACGGACAACACCGCCAACUUCAACAAGGGAUUCGCGGCCAGCAAGUACUCGUCGCUUAAGGAGUUCAUGACUGACAAGAUGGUGCUGGUGAGCAAGGACUUUACUAAGGAAUGCGGCUACACCAACCCGGACGAGACCCCGCAGCCUGUGCCCGAGACGUACGUCGAGUGGAGUCACGGCAGCGGCGAGGGCUUCACGGCUUCCCACGAGGGUCCGUGCGAGGUCUGGUGCGAUGACACGCGCGUGUUCCAGGACGACAACUGCCCCAAGAACUUCCCCACUGCUCCGGCCAAGCUGCCAUACGACCACGACGCGUGCCUCGGUUCCUCGCGUCUGUCCAUCUACUGGAUCGCGUUGCACUCGCCUUCGUGGCAGGUGUACAUCAACUGCGCUGCUCUUGAGAAGACCACGUCUACGGGUGCCAAGUCCAAGUUUGCAGUCGGUGGUAGCAGCGGCGGUGCCGGAAACUCGACCACGCCUGCCACGGACUCGUCGUCGAGCGAACAGACCACCGAUUCUUCCUCUUCAACCGAGCAGACUACCGAUGCCCCCACGGCACAGACUACGGACGCUCCCACUUCCACUGAGGCUCCUUCUACGCCUUCGUCGCCUGCUACCGAUGCUCCAUCUACGCCUUCAUCUCCCGCUACAGACGCCCCUGCACCUACUGAGGCCCCCGCCACGGAGUCUCCGGUGGUCACCCCGGCAGCCGACACCGGCGCCAGCCAGACCAGCGACACGAGCAAGUGCAGUGUCCGCCGCCGCCGUCGUAACUAGAGACAACGAUAGAUUCUUGGCGUCCAUGUGUGUAUAGCGUCUUUGUGUAGUCUUCAACCAUUCAUAGAGUUUGAAGUCAUGUACAACACCAGGUUUCGUGAUAAGAGUUUGUGCCGAGAUCGUCGGAACGAGUUAAUAAAUGGGUGUAAAGUGAUA